CUCAAGUCCGUCUCGAAUAAACUGGAAGUUAUCAACUGGCUACGCAGGAUCAAUCGGCAUCCAUGAAGCCAAAUGAGGGAACAACAUUCAGCCCCAAGGCAGUCCCGCCGACGCCUCCACAUAGACGCCCUUCCUUAUUGCGCUCGAUGUUCUCGAUAUCAUCACUCCAGCACCACAUAUCUCUAUUUGGUGACGGGGAAAUCCCCCCGACCAAGCUCAAACCCGCCUCCACUCCCUCCACACCUAUGUCGGCAACACCACCACCCAAACACGAUAUAACUGCCACUAGGAAGAUGUCAGAGGCUGGAACCGGAUACUUUAUGGCUGGCUUGGCCUCUCCAACGAGCACUUCGGAACGUGGACUCGUGCCAAUCACAAUAACGCCAAAGACGCGGGGAAUCGAUUGGCGAUAUGGAGCGCAAGGCACAAGUCUCCUCGUAAACGCAGCCGAAGAAUCGCGCCGCAGCGGGAACAGCGCCUUCAGUUCUAACUUCGAGCGAUCAACCUACAUAACCGGUCUCCAGAACUUACUCAACGGACUACCACUGGACCUCCGAGAAUCCGAAAUAACCACACUGCAGCAAGCCGUCCCGCCGGCGGUGGUCACCAGGAUCAUCCAAGAGAGUAGCCCUACUGAAAACAAUAAGCCAGAAGUAAAACAUAAGGACGUCUACAGGGAAAACGUACUCCACAAGUUCCUCCUCUGGAUUUUCUGCCUGGUUGAUCGAUGGGUCUGGUUCGUUUGGCCGAAACUGUUGUGUUUCUAUGUUAGGAUGGAACAGGUCAGUCAAGCUCACGGACAAGAGGUGGCGGGCAGUCUAGGUAGAGGCGCGUUGUCGGUUGCUGAUGCCAUCGUCUUUGUUGUGAACCAGGAACCUGUAAUGGAGGCGGCGCGGGGACUUGGCAAAUGGGUUUAUGAGGGGGUUUCGGGAGCUGUGACGGAUUUUGUGGCAAUGAAGGUAGCUGAGAGGAGCGGAGGCAGCAACAAGAAGAAGAAUGAGGAGGAGAAGGAGGAGGAGAAGGAGGAGGAGAAGGAGGAGGAGAAGGAAGGAGAGGAGGAGGUCAAGUUGAAGGCAUCUUGGUGGGAACGAUACUUGUGGUAAGCGAUCAUGAGUACGACAACAGCGGCAAGAAUUAUUGGGAUAGCGGUAUCAGAUUGGAGGUAUUGAUUGGGACCUGAUUGGAAUAAGAAUAUGCCUCAGACCAUCAUGUUUACAAAUGUCCAGUUUCCCA